UAUUUUGACGAUAAAACUUCCAUUUUCGAUAUAAAAUCUAAAGCAAACUAUAGUCACCUAAUUCCAAGAGCAUAGCCAAGAGAGGUUACAAAAUUUCUACCAGUGGCUGGACUCCAUUAAUAAAGUGCAAUGGAUAGUCAUCUGCCGAAAUUGAAAAAGGCUAAUUGUGGCUCAACAAAGAUGGCUAAGACGGAUUUUAGGAGUCAGUUUUAGAGAAUGGGUCUCAAUCAAGGAAAUCCUAUGCCGAACCGGGAGUCGACCCCUUGGUAAGGUUGUGACAGAGCGUCGUAUGAGGUUUGCAGGACAUGUAUUCCGGCAAAAUGAAUUAUGCAUAAUAAGAGUUGCGAUGACAUGGAGGCCAUUACGAGGAAAUCGCAAACAGGAACAACCUAGUACAACUUCCCGCCACACUUUCAUGUAGGUCCUCAGAGCAGGUGGGAAGAGGCUUCAGACAUUGCUAGUGACAGAUUUUUGUGGAAACAGCUUGCCGCCCAAUGAGCCGAACGGCGCGGGAGGAUCUAAUUGUAGUAUCUGUUAAAAAUAAAACAUAAUGGCAACAUCUUCACAUUCUACUAAGAGGGCUAACUCACUAGGCUCAGCUGGAUCUCGAGGGUCAAGUACUCCACCUUCCAGUGCAGGAAAGUCUUCAAGCAGACGUACAGAAACAGACAGUCGACAAGUUACAAAGACAACGAAGCAGCAGAAACCUUCAGACAGGCUUAAUCCUAAAACAGUUGAUCCAUUUUUUGAUGCUGCCAAAUCUAAGUCAGCCUUUGCUUCAGUGUAUGCCAAUGGGGGUGUUCCAUGCAGGUUGGUACAUGGCAGUGUCAAACACAAACUGGCUUGGGACACACCCCCUGAGCAAGUUCCAUUCGAUCCAGUGCUUGUUACAUUGGCAGAGGGUCUGAAGGAAACUGUUCACCCAUACACCUUUGUGUCUUUCACUGGGUUCACCACACUACUGAGUACACCUGGAGCCUCACAGAAAGCUACACCACUGCUACCAAAGCUAGCACCACCAAUCAGAGCAGCUUUGAGUCAUAAAGAUGAUGCUGUAUUUGAACGAGGCAUGGAGUGUCUAACUCAGCUGAGUUCUGUUGUCGGUCCGGCUUUAAAUCCUUAUGUAAAGACGGUUCUAAUGGCUCUUUCUAAACGAACUAUGGAUAAGAAAUACAAAGAGAGAGUUACAGAGACCCUGCAGCAAUUAGAACAGCAUGGAGGCAAGGAAGUGCUGCCAAUCAUUAAAUCUAAGGUGCCUACCUAUUGCUCUAUAUUUGGAUGAAAUUGUAACUUGACCUAAGAAGCUAGCUGUGAUAACUCAAGCAUACCUUGUCAUUUCUUAACAUCUGAUGUUUUUGUGUGUCUCCCUUAGUCUUAGUAUUGACAAAGUAUUUAAGGCAACACUUUUUGUUUUAUUAGGGCUGUCAGGUUAUAAUAUAAUUGGACAGCUCACUUUCUCUUUUUUUUUUUUCACUUUAAUUUACUGAAAAGUCAAUCUGUUUUUGCAGUGUUUCUAAUCAAAGGUGUCCAUUUUUAGUGACAACUAAUUGCAGGCUAAUAAGGUCCUGAUGCUGUGUUCUCACACUCUUGUCUCUCUAGUGUAUCUCUUGGCUGUAAACAGCAAAAUAUCUUAAACUGAGAUGUUCUAUGCACUGUUUUGUUUCUCUGAUCUUCAAACAGAAAUAUUAGUCAAUCCUAUGUUGAACUUGUGUGUAGCAUUCAGCCAUUAGGGUAAUAAUUCUAUUGAACAAACUAUUGCUGCGGUUUACCUAUGUCUUACUUGAGACUCUUUAUGUGCACAGUGUAUAUAAAUUAUAAAUAUAAGUCAUUGUUCAUUUAUAUAUUUAUAAUGUUUGUAAUAUAGAAUUUAAUACACUAUU